GUGGCGCUGCAGUCCCAGUGAGAAGCGGAUGAGCUGCAGAAGCAGAAAUCUGCUCUCAUCCUUCCUGGAGCCAACGCCACAGCGCAAUGGCAGCGGCAGUGGAUGCAAACUGUUAAAGAUUAUUCGAUUUAAUAAACUACCUCACAUAGCGUAUGAUUUGGGUCUAUCGUAGUUGGAAAAAAACACUGCAAGUAGUCGCAGCUGCGCUAAGACGACUCGCCAGCUCCAGCCAACUGUGACCCGGGCCAGGCAUCAGGGAAGAAGUUAAGCUAACGUUACCAGGCUGAAUGGCUGAGCCGGAGCUUCUGUUGGACUCCAAUAUUCGACUUUGGGUGGUGUUACCCAUUGUCUUCAUCACCUUUCUUGUCGGGGUGAUUCGGCAUUAUGUAUCCAUUCUUCUUCAAAGUGACAAGAAGUUGACGUUAGAACAGGUUUCUGACAGCCAAGUUCUUAUUCGGAGCAGAAUCCUCAGAGAAAAUGGAAAAUACAUUCCCAAACAGUCUUUUUUGAUGAGGAAGUUCUACUUCAAUAAUCAAGAAGAUGGAUUUUUCAAGAAGACCAAAAGAAAGGUUGUUCCACCCUCUCCAAUGACAGAUCCCAGCAUGCUGACAGAUAUGAUGAAAGGAAAUGUCACCAAUGUGCUUCCCAUGAUCCUCAUUGGAGGCUGGAUCAACUGGACCUUUUCAGGAUUUGUAACAACUAAGGUUCCCUUCCCUCUUACUCUGCGAUUCAAGCCCAUGCUUCAGCAAGGAAUAGAGCUGCUUUCACUGGAUGCCUCCUGGGUGAGCUCAGCAUCAUGGUAUUUCCUGAACGUGUUUGGACUACGAAGCAUGUACUCAUUGAUUCUAGGACAAGAUAAUGGUGCUGAUCAGUCAAGGAUCAUGCAGGAGCAAAUGAGUGGUGCUGCCAUGGCAAUGCCUGCAGAUACAAACAAAGCUUUCAAGGCUGAGUGGGAGGCACUGGAACUGACAGACCAUCAGUGGGCGUUGGAGAGUGUAGAGGAGGAUCUGAUGAGCAGAGAGCUGGACCUCGAUGGCAUGUUUAGCAAGGAGCUGCCAAGUGGUAUCUUCUGAUGGCCUGGUCAUUUCUACUUGGAGCCAAUUUGAAUUUUGAUCAUUGCAGGGAUUAGUUUUUGGUUGAAACAGAGAUGGGGAAAUUCCUUCAUGUUAUGCAAAGGUUACAUUCACCUAUUUGUCGUCCUUGUCUUUUUACAGUACAUGUAUUUUUACAUUUCCUUUCAUUUACAUUUCCAUAGAAUAUCUGAAAUGACUUAAAUUACACUAGUUCAGGUGCUGUCUCAUGCAUAUUAGAAAGCAUUACUUUAUUUCACCCUUUGAGACAAGGAGAUGUUUGGGAGAAAUUUAGUGGCUUUAAGCUUAUUGGAAUGCAUUAGCUUGUAAGUGUAUGCCAUUAGUUAAAAGAAUGAACUUCUAGUGCUAAUUUCUUAUGUCAUGCACAGCUAGAUUAGCUGUCUCAAUGUUCAUAUGUAUCAUGUUUAAACAAUACAACACUAUCAUUUUACAGAUCUGAACUAUGUUUAUUUAAUUAUACUUAAUACUCUUUAAUGACUUUUGUUAGGUCAUAUAAAAAUCAGCUGUGCUGUCUCAGCUGUCUAAAGUUGACUGAGUUUUUGGCAGGAAUGUUUGUGUGAUUGAAAUGGUGUUUUUGAAGUAAGUAGACGGUUUAUUUUGUAAUGUAACUCUUCUGUGUUUUGUACAGCAUAAAGCCUGUUUUGACAAUA